UAGCUGCUCACCUCUUCCGAUUCACUCAUCUCACCUCUUUCAUUCACUCUCUGUGCGAUAUGAGGAAGAAGAAGAAGGAUUUGUAUCAAUGCAAUGCGUAGUAGGUCUAUCCAUUCCAACACGAUUUCACUCUCAUAACUCUCACUCAUCAAAACCUCAUAUUCUCUCUCCUCUCCCCUCGUCUUCAGGCUCUUUCGCCGCUACUUCUACAAUUACAAUUCACAUUCAUGGAAGGCUUCUACAGCACCACAAAUCAGAGACCUGCCAAACUCAAUCAGCAGUUCUUCAUAGGCGGAAACUUUCCCAUUGAUAACACUUACAUGGAAAAUGUUGACCUGGCAAUGUUUAAGUACCUUAAUUCCGAUUCUCCAUCUUCUCCAGCAGCCAUAGAUGGUUUUAGAACUCCAAUUCUUUCUGAAUUUCCCAAUCACAGCCCCAACAUUAACCGCUCGAGAACUAGAUCGCGAUGUGCACCGUCAUUGCCGCCGUUGUCGUCGGUUGAGAACUUUGAUACUUCUUUGUUUAAAACUCCGGUUAAGGUUGAGGUACAUGAGGAAGACGUGCUCGUAAUGGACGGAAUUCUGGUUGGAUCGCGCUCGAGUUCCAAGGAUAGGUUUUCAUCGUCGUCGGAGUCUGGCGGAUCAUCUUCAUCGCCAGGGCAUAACAACUUUUACAAGAAGGAUCUAUGUCGCUCGUGGGAGGAUUUGAGUCAAUGUCGCUAUGGAUAUAAAUGCCAGUUUGCUCAUGGAAAGGAAGAGAUGAGGCCAAGUCGAUUCAUAUGCAACAACAAAUCCGAGGCUGCCAAAUCCAAACAACAUGGGGGGAAGGGUGGCAUAGUACAUAACCAGAUCAUAAACCUGGAAACUGAAACAACCACAUUGUCUCCUCCUUCCAAAUACCAAUCAUCUCCCAUCUCCAUCAAGAGCAGAAAUCCUGAAUCUUCCAUUGUCAGUACUGACUGGUGUCCCUUUGAUGAUGGGAUCAGUUUUGUCUCGGCUGGUUCUGUUUCAACCAACACAUACUCUUCAAGGGAAGAUGUGAAUCCAAUGAUAAUGAAAGUUCUCUAUGGUCCUCAACGACAACAGAAGAGACUCCCAGUAUUUGAGGAAAUCUGUUCAGACAAGUAAUAUGAAUUGGAUUUGACAGUUAUAGUCAGAUACAAAAAACUGAGUUGCUAUUGUUGUGUUUGUUCUUCUUGCCCUUUAAACUUUCAAUUGUAUUGGGUAAUGGCUAGUACCGACAACUUCUUUUGUUGUCGUUGUUGUGUAGAUAGAAAUAAAAGAGUUAAUUCUCUGUCGAUUUUUAGCAAAGGUUAGGAACUUAAAUGUCAACAAACUCGUUGAAAUUCAUAACAUGAUCAUUUUACAGUUUUAUCUUCA